AAUAAAAAUUCACCCGUUGUCCGAAAACUUGAAAAUUGAAGGUCAGUGAAUCCCUCCGAUCAAUUGUCGCCGGCGACUCGCCGGUCCGGAGCUAAAAGAAAGGGUCUUAAACUCUUAGGCUUACAUUGUUAUCUACUAUAAUAUAUAUAUAUAUAUAUAUAUAUAUAUAUAUAUAUAUAUAUAUAAUAAAAUGGGUGACGGAGGGUGUUGUCCCACGAUGGAUCUGUUGCGAUCGGAACCAAUGCAGUUGGUGCAGUUAAUCAUCCCUAUUGAAUCUGCUCAUCGAACCAUUUCGUACCUUGGAGACCUUGGCCUUUUCCAAUUCAAAGACCUCAAUGCUGAAAAGAGUCCAUUCCAGCGGACAUAUGCUGCUCAGAUCAAAAGAUGUGGGGAGAUGGCACGCAGAUUACGUUUUUUUAAAGAUCAAAUGGUGAAGUCAGGUUUCUCAUCCCCAACAAGGUCUCCAACUGGCAGUGAUAUCAAUUUUGAUGACCUGGAGGUAAAACUUGGUGAACUUGAAGCUGAGUUGAUAGAAAUGAAUGCGAACAGUGGAAAGUUGCAACACGCUUACAAUGAACUUUUAGAGUAUAAGCUUGUCCUACAGAAGGCUGGCGAAUUUUUUCAUUCAGCUCAAAGCAAUGCAACAGCUCAGCAAAGAGAAUAUGAAACAUAUCCCCUUGGUGAAGGUUCCAUUGACAGUCCUCUAUUAUUUGAACAAGAAAUGUCAACAGAUAUGUCGAAGCAAGUUAAGCUGGGAUUUGUUAGUGGACUUGUGCCAAGAGAAAAAUCUAUGGCUUUUGAAAGGAUUCUCUUUCGUGCAACCAGGGGUAACGUGUUCUUGAAGCAAGCUGUGGUUGAAGAUUCUGUUGUUGAUCCAAUGUUAGGAGAGAAGGUUGAGAAAAACGUAUUUGUCAUCUUCUAUUCUGGAGAAAGAGCGAAGAACAAAAUUCUGAAAAUAUGUGAUGCUUUCAGAGCUAAUCGUUAUCCUUUUACAGAUGACAUUGGCAAACAAUAUCAGAUGAUCAGAGAGGUCUCUGGAAAAAUUUUAGAGCUGAAGACUACCAUAGAUUUUGGACUGAUGCAUCGCGGUAAUCUGUUACAGACUAUUGGCCAUCAAUUUGAGUGCUGGAACGUUCUGGUGAAGAAGGAGAAAUCCAUUUACCACACCUUAAAUAUGCUCAGCAUUGAUGUGACCAAAAAGUGCCUUGUUGCAGAAGGCUGGUGUCCUGUUUUUGCGACAAAACAGAUUCAAGAUGCAAUGCAGCAGGCUACCUUUGACAGCAACUCACAGGUUGGGGCCAUACUCCAGGUUUUGCAUACCAAGGAAUCACCACCUACGUAUUUCCGCACAAACAAAUUCUCUUCUGCUUUUCAAGAAAUUGUAGAUGCAUACGGGGUGGCCAAGUAUCAGGAAGCGAAUCCAGGUGUAUACACAAUUAUUACAUUUCCUUUCCUAUUUGCCAUUAUGUUUGGAGAUUGGGGUCAUGGCAUAUGCUUGUUUCUUGCAACAUUAUACUUCAUAAUGAGGGAAAAGAAACUUUCCAAUCAGAAGCUUGGGGACAUCAUGCAGAUGACUUUUGGUGGUCGUUAUGUUAUUAUGAUGAUGGCAAUAUUUUCAAUAUACACAGGAUUGAUAUAUAAUGAAUUUUUUUCUGUCCCGUUUGAACUAUUUGGGCCAUCAGCCUAUGAAUGCCGUGAUUCUUCAUGCAGGGAUGCUUCUACAGUGGGGUUGAUUAAGGUGCAUGCCACUUAUCCAUUUGGUGUGGAUCCUAAGUGGCAUGGUACCCGCAGUGAGUUACCAUUCCUUAAUUCAUUGAAGAUGAAGAUGUCAAUCCUUCUAGGAGUAGCGCAGAUGAACCUUGGAAUCAUUUUGAGCUAUUUUAAUGCAAAAUUCUUUGGAAAUAACCUAAAUAUCUGGUACCAAUUUGUUCCCCAGAUGAUAUUUUUGAACAGUUUGUUUGGAUACCUUUCACUCCUCAUUAUUGUGAAAUGGUGCGCCGGUUCUAAAGCUGAUCUGUAUCAUGUAAUGAUAUACAUGUUCCUAAGUCCCACUGAUGAUUUGGGCGAGAAUCAGCUUUUCAAUGGACAGAAAUUCGUUCAGAUUGUGUUACUAUUACUAGCACUUGUUGCCGUACCAUGGAUGCUGUUUCCAAAGCCAUUUCUUUUGAAGAAGCAGCACGAGGAAAGGCACCAAGGGCAAUCCUACACACCCCUUUACAGCACUGACGACACCGCUGAAUUGGAGUCGCAUCAUGAUUCCCAUGGCCAUGAGGAAUUUGAGUUCAGUGAAAUAUUUGUACAUCAACUUAUACAUACCAUAGAGUUCGUACUUGGAGCAGUCUCUAAUACGGCUUCAUACCUACGUUUAUGGGCUCUCAGUCUUGCACAUUCGGAGUUGUCUAGUGUAUUUUAUGAAAAGGUCCUGCUUCUUGCCUGGGGGUUCAACAAUGUGAUCAUCCUUAUUAUUGGUGUAAUUGUAUUUAUUUUUGCCACGGUUGGUGUUCUGCUAGUGAUGGAAACCCUAAGUGCUUUCCUACAUGCCUUGCGGCUUCACUGGGUGGAGUUCCAGAAUAAGUUCUAUGAGGGAGAUGGUUACAAGUUCUACCCGUUCUCAUUUGCAUUAGUUGGUGGUGAUGAGGACUGAUAUAACUUUUGAAGCUUGAUUACAGACUAUAGAUAUUUUAAGAAAAUUGGUCAUAUUGGAUUGUGUGUACUGAAGUAUGGAUCUAUUCAAAUCUUUUAAAUGAACAAGAGACUUUACGAAAUGGCCUUCCCCCAAUAUACUCCUUCACAGUUUCAUGAUGUUAAUAGCUGUGGGAUUAAGUGCCAGACAAGCUGCCAAUGGUCAUCUUCCAAUGUUGGUUGUUGAGUUUGGUUCUCAACGAGUGUUUUCCGUUGUUUGAAGUAGAAAAACAACACUGUUACACGGAUGCAGGUGCCAUGAAUCUGAUACACGGAUCUUCUGAAUGCCGAACGAGUCUAACUGUUUGAUUUUUUUUUUUUUCCCCCUUUUUUUUAUUUGGUUAAAUUGUACCAUUCCCAAUGCUAUGGUCAUUGUUAAGGUGGUUUGUUAUCUUUUACAUUUUGUAA